AUGUUGGCUCGAGACUAUGGUAAGACCAUUGAAAACUGUCUCUUCCUGGUUGGAGACAAUUGCUCCACCAAUAGGCGCCUCGCCACCUUGCUUGGUGUGCCACUCGUGGGCUGCGCCAGUCAUCGCCUGAAUUUAGCGGCCCAAAACCUGCUAGAAGACUUCAAGGACGAGCUGGACCAAGUCAAGAAACUGAUGAUCAAGUUGAAGGGUUUAAACCAAUCAGCGAAGCUGCGGUUUAAGACGAAAUUGCGACCGGUAUUGAGCCAGGCGACGCGCUGGAGCUCUACGCUUUGCAUGGUUAACCGCUAUAUGAAACUGCUGGAAUUCAUUCAGGACGACGACGAUUUGGCCGAGUAUCUUCCGCCCCCGUCCGCAAACCGCACCCUCCGCAAGCUCCUUGAAGACCUGAAGAAGAUCGAGUCGGUGAGCAAGGAGCUGCAGUCGGAGUCGGUCUCGAUCGCCGACGUACGUUGCUAUUUCGACGCACUCAUAGCGCUGUGGCCAGGCUUCGCUACGUAUCUCGGUAAGAUUUAUUGCUUCUACACUGGGGUCAAGAAAAGACGCAAGACGACGGCCCCAAGGACGGUCUACACGCUUCUGCAGGCGAUUCCGCCCACCUCGAACACAGUGGAGCGUUUCUUUAGUGUGGCUAAGGCCACCCUCGGACUACAACUCCACCUCCUCCAGCCGGCUACACUGGAGAUGGUUUUGUUCCUUCGUGUGAACAAUGCGUUGUGGGACGCGAACGCUGUCAACGCCUGCUGCUAG